CAGCCGCCUGCGGUCGCGGUUUUGAAACGCGGACCGGGCGCUCUGGGCUCUCCGUAGCGCCCGGGCAAGAUGGCGGCGGGGGCGGACGCUCAGGCCCGUUACGGGCAGUCGGUGAAGGGUUUAUUAUCGGAGAAGGUUUCCACCUGCACCACGGACGUGAUCGCUCUCACCAAGCAGAUACUGAAGGGUUCCCGCAGCUCCGAGCUCCUUGGUCAAGCAGCUAGAAACAUGGUGAUGCAAGAGGAUUCGAUACUACAUUCUGAGGAUAGUCUGCGAAAGAUGGCCAUUAUUACAACACAUCUGCAGUACCAGCAGGAAGCUAUACAGAAAAAUGUUGAACUUUCUACAAAUCUUCAAGACCAGCUGAAGCAUCUGUUAAAAUGAGGUGAAAGAUGGCAUGAAGGUGAAUACCUGGAGCUGAAGCCUGUUGGUGGAAUAUGAUGGGUGGAGGGAAGGAAACUGUUCUAUCUCCCAUCCAUGAGAAGCACGUUCUUAAGCAAACCAUUCAGCUUUUUAUGUGCAACAAUCAGCACCUUUUCCAAAUGCUCCUUUGACUUAUUGCUGAUGAAGAACACAGUGACAUCUGCUCAGGUCAGAUACAUAGUGCACCUGUCAUGUGUGAACAAAUUGGCUUUGUGUGUGUAUAUAUAUAGACUAUUAACAGCGGUAUUGACUGUAGUCCUUUACAUUGUUGUGAUGUUUUAGGGGAGGGGGGAAUUCUCUACCUUAUGCAGAAUCUAGCAGUGCUGUCACUGCAAUGCAGCUUUUAAUAGUCAUUAUGAAUGUGGUACUGAUAUGAACUUCUAGAUUAUUAAUACUUGAAUGCACCAUUAAAGGUAGAGAAUUGACAUGUUCCAGGAAAACAAUCCAGACAGUAAUGUUGCUGUAUCUAAUAUUUGAUUCUUAAAAACGUAAUAUCAGUGCACCAGUACAUUUUCAUAACUGGUGAUAGAAUUAAAUGCUUUUCAUAUGUUCUCAUUGCUUCAUGGGUUAAACAUCAAUGGUGCACCCUCAAUAUACCAAUUAAAUUACCAUCGGGAAAAUAAAUAUUUAAAAGUUCAUUCAUCAGUGAUUUAUAGGUGUUUAUUUUAAACUGAAAACAUAAAAUAUAUUUCAUUUUGAAUUGAACAACUCAAUUAACAUUUCUAAACAGACUUUCAGAGCCCCUCAAAUUAAUAUUGUAUAAUGGUCACUGCUAAAUUAUGUUUGUCAGUGGAAGUUGCGUUAACAUUUUGUUACACCCUCCAAUGUAAGGGUGAUCUCGGCUCUUUGAGAAUUAUUGAAAGCUUGUUUUUGUAGUUAUUGCUGCCUUAAUCUUCAUUCUCCAAUGUUGAUUAGGUCCAUGCUGCUCCUCUGUAUAUGCAAGCAGCCUCAUUCUGCAUACAUGUCGGGCUUAUCCAGGUGUGAGAACAUGUAAUAGGUACCAAGUUAACAUGCAGCUUUAAUGUAUGGUAGCAGAACCCGCUGUAUAAUAUUCGUAAUCCUUCAGUGAUGUUAAAAUGUAUAUCUGAUUUUUUUUUACUUGUUAUGAAGCUGAGUUUAAUAACUACAGUUGAAUUAUUAAAGCAAAUGUGUAAUGUGA